AUGCCGACCAGGAUGGAGUUCACACCGAUCCUGACUCAAAGGGUCAUUGUCUCUCCGAGGGAUAGGACCCAGGGUAACAGCCCCUCCCGAUUGGUCAGGCAGCUGAGGGAGAACCACAGUCGGGAGUGGAUUCGAUAUCUCAUCCGGUACUGUUCUAAAUGCAUACACUUUGCAGACCGGCAAUCCCUGCUCCCUGUCUUGUUCCAGGAGGUGCCAGAGCCGUCAGUUAUCCCCUCUCACAGGUGGAUGCUUACUGUGUAUGGCAGAGACAUUUUGAACAGGCUGGACCACAUCAAAGCGAGCAUUACUUGCACUUUUGGAAGUGUCCUAAAAAUGGACUCCACCAAAAAGAUCACCAAGAAGCUGUCAGGCUUUGCUAAGGGGACUGCCUUGUGGCUAACAUCUGCUAGCAAUGAGGUGGGCCAAAUCCUUAUCAGUGUCCUGACUGCUCAGGAGGGUCCAGCUCUGGACAACAUGGCAGCUGGUCUCAUCCACAGAUACAGCACUGCUGGUGUGGCCCCUCCAAAGCUACUGUACGUUGACACUGAAUGUUGUCGGGAGGGCUUGGUACAGACCAAAUUAAAACAGCGAUUUGGAGGGUGGCCAGACCUCAUUGUGAGGCUGGACAUUUACCACUUUAUGAGGCGGCUGGCAUCUGGCUGUACGAAGGAUGCUCAUCCCCUCUACCCCACCUUCAUGGCCAAAUUGUCCAGCUGCAUCUUUGAGUGGGACAGCAGAGACGUUGCAUUGCUGCGGCGAGCCAAGCGUGCCGAGCUGGUACAGGAAGGUGUACCGGGCAUUACCGACCGAAUGGUAGACCUCCACAUCACCAAGGCCGAACUGUCCAAGCACUGCAGAAGGCAGACAAGGGGAGAGCAGACGACAAUCACCUUGCUUGAAAGCCUGCUCGAUGAGCUGAUGGGGCUGAAGGGCAGCGACAAUCUUGGUGUCCCUCUGCUGGACAUGGAGAGGAUGAAGCACAUAUGGCGUGUCCAGAGAAAGCAUGUAAAGUGCAUUCAGGAUGUAUCGGUUGUGCUUCUCUAUACCCAGACGGGCACUACCACCAAAGAGGGCAUUGUUCUGCCUAACUACAGGUGUGCUCGAGGGUCCACAUCCCUUGAGUCCUUCCACUUACAUGUGAACAGGUUCAUUCCAGGGACGAGUGCAAACAGCCUUAACUUCCAGCUGUACCUCCUGGAAGGACUUAAUCGAUGGAACCAGGACCGUCAAACUGCAUCCCUGGCAGCCAAUCCUUCCAGCCUGCUCAGUUACUCAGGGGACCUUGUUCACUGUGCCAACACCAUGUGUCUCAAGGUGCUUGGAAGGAAAGCUGUGCCCUCUUUUCAGCCCCCUGCUGUUUACACUGGGGAGCUAAUAGGUAUUGAUUACCUCUUCCGUCAGACUGGAAGGCCCCUGCAGGAUAUACAGCCUGACUCAGAGGAGACCGAGCAGAUGCUGGAGGAUGUCUGCACUGAGGAACAGGGAGAUGAGGGCUUUGAGGAUGCUGUGUAUGACCAAACCGUUGAGCGGCUGGACCUGUCCUCAGAUCCGUCACCUACCAGCUCUUCAACUCCCUCUUCUCUCCACUCUACUGCUUCUCCUCCAAGGCCUGGAUGUAGCUCCACUGCAGCAGCAUCUGAGCAUCAUGUGAUUGAGUAUGAGGACACAGACAUGCCCCCUGUCCCAUCCGCCCCUCCUGCUGGUUCUCUUAUUUUAAGUUCCACCAGCCUUUCUGCGACUACUUCUCCUGCUGCAAGAAAUACUUCUGUAGCGCGACGGGCUUUGGAUUUUCUGCCCAGGGAGUUGCCUGGCCCAUCAGCCGUCACCGCCAGCUCAGCCUCCAUGCUUCCUCUUCCCACCACCCUCUCGACCACUGUCCCUACAGCCACAGUUUCCUCUGCAUCACAGCACACCACCCCAGCAGCACCUGCGCAACAUCUGGCAGUGGAUGAGCGUUGUAUUCCUGGAAUGGACCUCGUGGAUUGCCUGGCUGACUACUUGGUGGGGCUAAGACUUGAAACUGGCCUAACCCUCACAAACCUGCAGGCCAGUACAAUUAUAGCCCUGUGGCAGAACCUCCUGCCAUAUGAUCGCCAGCGGGUGGAGUAUGCUGCACGGCACAAGACUCGCCUGAUAACAGGACGCUUCAGGUGCUCCAAACAGAGGGCUGAAUUCACACCAGGUGUGGAGAGCAAGACACGCUGUGUCUUAGGGUCAAAAGGAUCCCCUGCACAGUGGCCAGACUGUUGUCGCCUGGUAGAGUCCAUCUUUAUCAAACUGUGCCGCCUCUAUAAGAGCCCUAAAAAACAGGGCUCUCAGGUUCUGACAAGAUGGACUCUCAUCAUGAACGAUUAUAUAUAAAUCAGGGAGCUGUUCCUGGGUAAUGGUGUGGUGAUGCAGGCUACUACACUGCAAUUGUUUGAGGUCAAUCAAACAACCCUCAUUCAGUGGCACAACAAGCGCCUGAAGAGGCAGGAUUGUAGUAUUCUGCUGCAAGGGGUUAAUUUGCCUCCCGCUAUCCCCAUUGCUCCGGUGCCUCUGCCACCUAUGCAGUCACGCCCCACUGCUGCACCCCCACAUCCUGGCCCCUACCAUCAAUACCACUUGCCCGAGAGUACAGUAGGAAAGGCAGUGGACAAGAGGAAAUCUGUUCGUCCAGCCCCACCAGUCUACUUGCCUCCAGCUAUUCAUGUUGCUCCUGUGCCUCUCCCACCAGUGCAGUCACGCCCCACUGCUGCACCCCCACAGCUUGGCCCCCAGCAUUGAUUCCACUUGCCACACACUUCAGCAAGAAAGGCAGCGGACAAGAGAAUGUCUGCUCUUCCAGCCGAACACCCUCAUCCUCCAAAGGCUGUCUGCCCAGGAUUGCCUUCUCUUGUCACACAGCAGACACAUCCGCAUAGCUCUGCCCCUAUGCCUGUUGUACCCCCACCCAUCCCACCCUGUGGUACAUUCGUUUUUUUGCCCCCACAAGUCCCUGCACUGAGGUUGCUUGCUCCCGCUGGCCCCCUCCCGCCCCCAUCUCCUGCCCGAAGAAAGUACAUUCGGACAACAGAAACAAUAAAAUGCGGUCAGUGUCAUCAGCCCCGGGUUCAGGAAAAUGGCCAUCGCCAAUAUUAUGGCUCUGUAUACUGUCCUGUUACAACUGGCAUGCCACAUGACCAGUGGCUGGAGGACAUGCGGAGGAAGAGGGAGGCAAAGAAAUUAUGCCAUUCUGUAAAUAGUGUAAAUACUGUAUGUAUGUAGUUUUAAAAGACAGUGUUAUUG